AACUUUCGUCUCAUUGACCCGAGGUUGUUGUGUUGUUCAAGGGGCCAAUGGAAAUCCCAAAACUGUUGGGCUUAUUGCCGACCACAACCCUCUUAACUUUGAGAGUUGUGAGAUCUCUGCCUGAAGUUGGAUGAAACUAAUCUGUCUUAAUCUGAAAAAACAUAUUGCAAUGGUGUACACACUUUGUUGCAAUGUGAACUACUGUACUCCUUCUCUGAAAGGUCAAAAGCUAAGACCGGUGAGAUGAUGAUGAUGAUGGAUUUGUCACGAACCACACUCAGAAACCAACCUCACGAGCAGAGGCAGCUCAGCUCAGACACUCACCAACCAGCUUUCUCCCAUUGCCAAUAUCAACACAGCCAUCAGAAAUCCACCCAGUUUGCAGAUCAGCAGGGCAUCCUCAAGAACACAGCACCACAAUGGAAAGGAGCGGUGGGAAUGGGAUCUGCCGGGCGGCGUCGAUGGAGGCGCUGUUGUUCGACAUCGACGGCACCAUGUGCGUCUCCGACCCGUUCCACCACCGCGCCUUCUCGGAACUGCUGCAGGGCCUGGGCUACAACGGCGGCGCCCCCAUCACGCCUGAGUUCGGCAUGGCGCACAUGGCCGGCCGCAGCAACCAGCAUAUCGGCCGCUUCAUCUUCCCGGACUGGCCGCAGCAGCGGCUCCACGCCUUCUUCUCCGAGAAGGAGGCGCUCUUCGCGCUGUACGCCGGCGAGGGGCUCCAGGAGGUGCUCGGGCUGAGGGAGCUCUGCCGGUGGGCGCGGGAUCGCGGGCUGAAGCGGGCGGCAGUCACCAACGCGCCCCGCGCCAACGCCGAGCUCAUGAUCGGGAUCCUCGGGCUGGCCGACUUCUUCCAGCUCGUCGUCGCCGGAGAGGACUGCCGCGAGGGCCGCUCCAAGCCCUGCCCCGACCCCUACCUCCGCGCGCUCGCCCUGCUCGGCGCGUCGGCUGAGCGGUCCGUCGCCGGCGUGGCCGCGGGGAUGCCGGUGGUGGCUAUCGCGAGUGAGAGCCGGGAGGCCAAGGUCGUCGCUGCCGGCGCGUCCAUGAUCGCCAGGGACUACCGCGACGCCGUAGCUCCCAAGAUUGAUUCAGAGCUUAUCGCGGUGGAGCCUCAUGUUUCGUUCCCGUCGAGAAUUGAAUAGCUUGAAUCCCGUCAAUAAUCCACUUAUGAGCCAAAGUUCAUCAGCA